ACAAAAAGAGAAAUAUCACCUCUUCCUCGUUCCUUCACUCUUGUUCGGAAGCCUCCCACUCUCAGUACCACUAUCACUCCACCAUGACCGCUCUCACUUUCUGUCCCACCACCGCCUCUGCCGUCGCUCGCACUUCCCUCACAUCAUCGAAACUUCAAAAACCCACAAAACCACUGUUCUCCUUCUCUAAAUACCCCUUCACUUUCAAACCCCUAAACCCCACCACCCCCACUGCUCUCACCCUUACCCCGCUGAAAUCUUCCUCCUCCGCCUCCGAUCUCUCCCCUAUUAACACCACCACCACCGAAGAUUCCAUUUCUGUUGGCACUUCCUCACUCAAAUCUUUAAAAUCUCGUCUCCGGAGUGGUGACACUCUCUAUGGCCUCUUCCUCCUUAGCUUCUCCCCGACCCUUGCGGAAAUUGCCGGCCUUGCAGGCUACGAUUUCGUUGUCGUCGACAUGGAGCACGGUCCCGGUGGCAUUACGGAAGCCCUCAACUGUCUCCGCGCUCUAGGCGCCACGCAUACUCCCGCGAUCAUCCGAUUACCAGAGAGCUGUCCUACAUGGGCAAAGAAGGCAUUAGAUCUGGGUCCCCAAGGGAUCAUGUUUCCGAUGAUUGAAAGCCCCAAAAUGGCAAAGAAAGCGGUGUCGUAUUGCCGGUUUCCGCCAGCUGGCAUACGUGGAACGGCGCACACCGUAGUUAGAGCAUCGAGUUAUGGCAUUGAUGAAGGGUAUUUAAGUAAUUACGAAGACGAGUUGUUGAUCAUGUGCCAAGUAGAGAGCGAAGAAGGGGUGAAGAAAGCCGCUGAGAUCGCAGCCGUUGAAGGGGUUGACUGCAUACAAAUGGGGCCGUUAGAUCUGAGUGCAAGCAUGGGGUAUCUGUGGGACCCAGGGCACAAGAAAGUGAGGGAGAUGAUGAGAGUAGCUGAGAAAGCAGUGGUGGGGUCCAACCCAGGGAGUGGAGGUGGGGCCUACUUGGCAGGGUUUGCAUUGCCGCAUGAUGGACCCACUAAUAUGAAAUCACGAGGAUAUCACAUGGUGUCUGGUGCAGUUGACGUGGGUUUGUUUAGGAGUUCUGCUGUGGAGGAUGUGAAGAGGUUUAAGAUGAGUUUGGUUGAAGGGUCUGAUGAUGAGAGGGAGGAUGGUCAUGAUGCUGAUGAGAAGUACUGGAGCGAAUGAAUUUCUGCUUUUUAAUUUUUUUUUGUUAAGCAAAUGAGAUUGAUUUUCCUUUUGUAGAUUCAGCUAGAUGUGAGUGAAUUGGGUUAUCUUAUGAAACCUCGAUCCAGACAUUGGAAAUACUCUUUCUUCAAUAAUUUUUUAGGGUGAAAGUAUUUUUAAUUA